AUGCCAACCCAGGGAACUCUGACAACGCGGACCCUCUGCUUCCUCCCAGAUGUUGGACCCACCUCAGGCAUGGAUUGGAACUUCAGGUCCGUGCCCUCGGAGCCAGAUCAGGUUGCUAUUCCGCUUCAGGACUUGGGUCUGGAUCGGGCUGCAGACCACCAGGCCCUGGGAAUAAAGAAGAAGCCCUUCUUGGACAGCCAGGAGUUCAAAAGCAACAAAGUUUAUCGUUUCCCGGAAGAACCUGAGGAAAGAGGCUUGCCAAGGUGGUGGUUAGAACACCACACCAAUUUGCAUCUAAACCUCAAGCACAUAAUUUGCAGGACGAUUAGAGAAGGGCCCAGCUCAGCCUCCAGAGUUCCGCUGGUGCCUCAGGAGUCAAAUGUGCUGCUUCCAAACGGAAAUGAAGCUCAGCAUUUGAACUUGCCCGAUGUCACCGUGAAGCCUGCAGAUGUGAAGCUGACGACUACCAAGGAGGCUGAACCUUCCCCACCAUGGCAAGAGGCCUCAGCUGAGGUUCCUGUGGGGGCUGGGCCUUCCUCCAGUGAGCAAGAGCUGCCGGCUCAGCCUCCUGAGUCUCCUGGGGAGGUUGAACAUUCUGUGAGCCAGCAGGAGGCCCCAGCUCAGCCUCCAGAGGCCUCGAUGGAAAGAGUGACUGAAGCUUCUCCCAAUCAGGAGGUGACAGUGCCACUUUCAGGUGAGGAUGAAGCUCAUGUCUACAACACGCCCAACGUCACUGUUAAACCUGUGGAUGUGGCAAUCACCAUAACUUCCGAGACUACCAAGGAGGCUGAACCUUCUCCAGCUCAGUAA